AUGUCGGAAAUGGCGGAUAAAGAACAGCACACCAGUGUGAAACUCGAGAAUAAUGAGUCAUUAAGGGACCUGGGGGUCAACGUGCUUUCCCAGAGCAGUUUGGAGGAGAAAAUUGCUAAUGAUGUGACCAAUUUCAGCAAUCUGCAAACGUUGCAGCAAGAGGAGACCCGUUUAGAGCGCAGUGAGACUGCUCUGCAAAGAUAUGUUGGCAAGAAAAACUUACUUACAAGAAAGUUAAACAAUGCCACUAGGAUAUCUGUUAAGCAAAACCUCCGAAACCAAAUUAAAGAUUUGCAAACUGAUGAUAUUGAACGAGUUUUGAGAGAWAUUGAAGAUAUUCAGGCAAGGAUUAACGAUUUGAAGGUGCAGAUAAAUCAAGGAGGUGAAAACAAGACUGCUAAAGUGGGAUUGCAAAGGCCUGGAGAAAGUGAGAAGGAGUUUUUGAUUAGAACUGGUAAGAUCACUGCAUUUGGGCAUAAGGCGGGUUUCAGUUUGGACACAACAGAUACAGAGUAUGGAGACAAUGAGGAGCAAGAGGGUAAAGAUUUCGAGGUGGCUACUGAACAAAUGGUACAGAACUUAACCGAUGAAGAUGACAACCUCGAUGACCAAGAUUUUAGGAUGAGUGGCGAAGAAAGUGAGGAAUAUGAAGAAGAAGAAAACGACGAUGAAGUUAUUGAAGACUUGGAGAAUCUUGAGUUUAAAAAUCAACCUGGCGAGGCAAAGGAUGACGGAGAUGAAUUGUAUUAUCAGGUAAGAUUAAAACGAUGGAUCAAACAACGUUCUGCAGAUAGACCAAAGACAAAGGCGGCAUCGGAGAUUCCGGAAUGGCGGAAACCCCAUCCCAAUAUCCCGGAUGCAAAACUGAACAACGAGUUUAGAAUACCAGGUGAAAUAUAUUCAUUACUUUUUAAUUACCAAAAGACUUGCGUACAGUGGCUUUAUGAACUUUACCAACAGAACUGUGGCGGUAUUAUCGGCGAUGAAAUGGGUUUAGGGAAAACAAUACAAAUCAUUGCCUUUAUCGCAGCUUUGCAUCACUCAGGGUUAUUGACAGGGCCCGUCUUAAUUGUUUGCCCUGCCACUGUGAUGAAACAAUGGUGUAACGAAUUGCACCAUUGGUGGCCUCCAUUAAGGACGGUUAUAUUGCAUUCUAUGGGUUCAGGAAUGGCGACGAAUCAAAAAUCCAAAAUGGACGAAAAGGAUCUAGAAAACUUGAUAAUGAAUUCAAAUCCAACUGAGUUUUCAUACGAUGAUUGGCAGAAUCCGUCAAAAACUAAGAAAGCUAUAGAGUCAAACUUCCAUUUGGACCAGCUAAUAGAUAAAGUCGUCACUGAUGGCCACAUAUUGAUUACUACUUAUGUCGGGCUGAGAAUACAUUCAGACAAGUUGUUGAAAGUGAAAUGGCAGUAUGCCGUAUUAGAUGAAGGUCAUAAAAUUAGAAACCCAGACUCAGAAAUUUCAUUAACCUGUAAGAAAUUAAAAACACACAAUAGAAUUAUUCUUUCGGGUACACCCAUCCAAAAUAAUUUAACCGAACUCUGGUCACUUUUUGAUUUCAUCUUUCCCGGUAAGUUGGGAACUUUGCCUGUAUUUCAACAACAGUUUGUUAUACCCAUAAAUAUGGGCGGUUAUGCAAAUGCCACCAACAUACAAGUACAAACUGGCUACAAAUGUGCUGUGGCGUUGCGUGAUUUGAUUUCACCAUAUCUUCUACGUCGUGUGAAAGCCGACGUCGCAAAGGAUUUACCGCAAAAGAAGGAGAUGGUUCUCUUUUGUAAACUCACGAAGUUUCAAAGAAGCAAGUAUUUGGAGUUUUUACAUUCAUCAGACUUGAAUCAAAUUCAAAAUGGUAAAAGAAACGUUCUUUUCGGUAUUGAUAUUUUGAGGAAAAUUUGUAACCAUCCUGAUAUACUUGAUAGGGAAACAAAAAGGCAUGAUCCAUCCUACGGUGACCCUAAAAGAUCAGGGAAAAUGCAAGUCGUCAAACAGUUGCUGUUACUAUGGCAUAAGCAGGGCUACAAGGCGCUGCUUUUCACUCAAUCGCGACAAAUGCUUGAUAUCCUAGAAGAUUUUAUAGCCAUGAAGGAUCCUGAUUUAUCAGAGCUAAAAUACUUACGAAUGGAUGGUACGACGAAUAUCAAGGGAAGACAGUCGUUGGUGGAUCGAUUUAAUAACGAGCCUUUUGAUGUUUUCCUGCUUACCACAAGAGUCGGGGGGUUAGGUAUCAAUCUAACUGGUGCAAAUAGAAUUAUUAUUUUCGAUCCAGACUGGAACCCAUCUACGGAUUUGCAAGCUAGAGAAAGAGCGUGGAGAAUUGGACAGAAGAGAGAGGUUUCAAUAUACAGGUUGAUGGUAAGUGGUACUAUAGAGGAGAAGAUAUAUCAUAGGCAAAUAUUCAAACAGUUCUUGACUAAUAGAAUUUUAACCGAUCCAAAACAAAAGCGAUUUUUCAAAAUUCACGAACUGCAGGAUUUGUUUUCACUUGGUGGUGAAAAUGGACACUCUACAGAGGAAUUGAGUGAAGAAGUUCAAAAGCACACCGAUAAUUUAAAAAAUUCUAAAUCGCAAGAGAGUGACGAUUUUGAACAGCUAGUUAACCUAUCCGGUGUUUCUAAACUAGAGAGUUUUUAUAACGGUAAAGAAAAAAAAGAAAGCAACAAGUCAGAGGACGAUAGAUUGAUUGAAGGUUUGCUUGGUGGGGAAAGUAAUUUAGAGACAGUUAUGAGUCAUGAUUCGGUUGUGAACUCCCACGCUAACAGUUCUUCUUCCAAUAUGAUUACGAGGGAAGCAUCUAGAGUAGCAACCACUGCGGUAAAUGCGCUAAGAAAAUCGAGAAAGAAAAUUACCAAGCAGUAUGAAAUCGGGACACCCACUUGGACAGGUAGAUUUGGUAAAGCAGGUAAAAUCAAGAAAAAAGGUACAUUAAGAAAUAAAUCGGCUGGGUCAGCUGCCAUUUUGGGUAACAUUGCUAAGUCGCAAAAGGAGGCGUCCAAAGAAGUACGCCAAGAAAAUCAUGACGAUGAUAUCGACGUGGUAAAAUCCGAAGAGUUUGAUCCUAAUACCAAGAUACUAAAAGAUAUUCAAACAUAUUUGCAAAAUCAAAACAAUUUUUUCUCUCCAAGUGUUAGCAUCAUCGAUAAUAUUGGGGUUGACCUUGCCGAUAAAAAAGAUGUUAUCAAAGUUAGAGCGCUAUUACGAACCAUAGCGCAAUUCGAUAAAGAGCAUAAGGGAUGGGUACUGAAUGAAGAGUUUCGGAAUAGCAUCGAUUGA